CCUGCUGCGCGUGCGCUGGGCGUAGCCUCCCUGUUCCCGGAUCCCGGAAGUGGCUGCGUGUCCCGGAAGUGAGUUUCAGUGCUGUGUGGUGAGCGCUGAUAUGAUGCGGCAGGACAGCAAUGAUGAGACGGAGGAUGUUUCUCUGUUUGAUGCAGAUGAAGAAGGAUCAAGGAUUAAUAAAAAGAAGAAAAUAAGACACCCCAUUGCCUCAUUCUUCCACCUGUUCUUUCGCGUCAGUGCUAUAGUGGUUUACCUGCUCUGCGAGUUUAUAAGCAGCAGCUUCAUCGCGUGUAUGGUUACUAUCAUCUUGCUCCUAUCAUGUGACUUCUGGGCAGUGAAGAACAUCACAGGGAGGCUGAUGGUUGGCUUGCGCUGGUGGAACCAAGUGGAUGAUGAUGGGAAUAGUCACUGGGUCUAUGAAUCUAGGAAGGCAGCUCCUGGAAAAAAAAGUACAUCGGAAGCAGAGUCCCGAAUCUUCUGGCUGGGGCUCAUCACUUGUCCCAUUAUUUGGGUGAUCUUUGCCUUCAGUACUCUGUUCGCUCUAAAAGUCAAAUGGCUGGCUGUGGUUAUUAUGGGAGUUGUUCUACAAGGGGCAAACCUUUAUGGAUACAUUAAAUGUAAAGUGGGAAGCAGAAAGAACCUGACCAGCAUAGCCACCAGUUACCUUGGCACCCAGUUCCUCAGACAGACUUUAGCAAAAGAAAACCAAACUGAAUCCUAAACUUUGCUCUUCAAUAUGGAUUAGAUUUCUGCUGGUCAACAGAAGGGUCAUCAAGCAUUUUUCUUUCUUGACAUAAUACACUGAUGAAACAUUCCCUAUUUUAUGUUUGAGUCUUUGAUGGAUCUCCUGAACUGUACAAAGAUUAUCAGGCUGUUCGUGAGCAUCAGGUCGGUGCCCAAGGGACAGUGUGUGGAUGGUCACGAAGACAUCUAGUACAUCUUUUGCAUUAGGGGGCUUUGAAAAUUUCACAUAGCUUCAUUUUUCCUGGAGCGAGAAUCUGGUCGUUGUUAAUCAUGGGUUUAAUUUAACGUAAAGUUCAUUUUAUUCACUAAUGCAAUGGAUUUGAUACAUAAAAAAACAAAAAAACACUUCUAUUUAGGAUUUGCUUCUUGUGGACUGUUGUAAAUAUGUAUUUAUAAAUUCAGGAUACAUGCCACGUUGCAUUAUCUUAAUAAUAAUAAAAAAUGUAAAA